ACUGUGAAGAGCAUGAAAGGGUCAACUCUGCAGUUCCCUCUACUGAUGAUGAUGACGAUACCAUUAAUUUUCCCUGCAUAUGUCAAAGCUAACACAGCUUGCUGUUCAUUCCCAUGCCAGAACAAUGGGAUAUGUUCACCCACUGGGCGAAAUGGUUAUAUUUGCAAUUGCCAGAACAGUGGUUACUAUGGCACCAAUUGUGAAUACGCAACUUGGAAGCAUUGGUUCCUUAGCUUCUUCCAAUUGUUACCAGAAGACAUUCACUCACUUCUUGUGGGCAUUCCAGGAUUUGGAUGUUUACUAAAUAUGUUACCCUGUCGGAGCCUCAUAUCAAAAUUUCUGAUGCAAUUCCGUAUCGGUGGAUAUAUACACACAUUAAGUUACUCCAUGACCGUUACCAAUGCCAAUGAUGAAUCAAUGAGUCUUCAAAUCUUGCCGUCAGUGCCAAUGAAUUGCCCAACACCCCUGGGUGUAGUAGGUGAAUCGAUUCUUCCACCAAUUGAUGAUGUAAUGCCCCUGUUUAUGCGGUCAAUGUUUAAACCAGAUCCAAUGGGUUCUAAUCUAUUGUUUGCCACCCAAGCUGACCACUUAAGCCAUCUCUUUCUCAAGACUGGUUUCUCUAGUCUCUCUGAAGUGUCUGCCAUGGGUUACGUGUAUGGUGAAACAGACAGAGACAACUAUUUGUUACGGAACCACACCAAUGGUAAACUGAAGAGUCAGAUCAUAAAUGGUGAGGAGUGGCCUCCCUUUGUAUUUGAAAGCCCGGUUGACAUGCAAUAUCCUACGGGAUUACCCCAAACAUCCCAAUUUGCUCUUGGGUAUGAAUAUUACAGCUUACAUAGUGGUCAUCUGAUGUGGUCAACCCUGUGGCUCCGUCAGCACAAUCUGUUCUGUGAUAUCCUGACUGUUGAACAUCCAGACUGGACUGACGAACAGCUGCACCAAGCCGCAAGAACUGCUGUCUUAGCUAUGAACAUAAAGAUUAUUGUGGAGGAAUACAUCGCCCACAUGGCCCGUUACUACUACAAUUAUGUCUACACUCCGGAGGCUGUAUUCCAAGAUGGUGCCCAGUGCAAAGAAUUCAUGCUGGAAGAGUUCAAGCUGCUUUUACAUUGGCACCAAAUGUUACCAGACCAAAUUGCCUUCAAUGGAACCGCUUACGACAUGAAAGACUUUCUCUUCCAGUCACAGUUUCUCAUUCAAUUUGGAAUCGGUCCUUAUGUUGAGGCCCUCAUUAAACAGUCUGCAGGAAGGGUCACUCACCAUAACCAUGGUCCUGCAACUAUACUCCAUGCCAGACAAGCCCUACUCCAUGCCAGGACAUUACGACUCCAGUCCUACAACAAUUACCUCAGGCAUUUCAAGUUGAAAACUCCAAAGACGUUUAUUGAGCUGACAGGUGACUGGGCCACAGCAAAGGAACUAGAAGAAUUGUAUGGUGAUGUGGAAGCAGUGGAGUUCAUUAUUGGUGUACUCUGUGCUCGCAGAGCUCCUCAUGCCAUGUUCAACCUGAUGGUGCAAGAGGCUGGCGCACUGCUCUCCUUACAGAGCCUCCAGUCCAGUCUCUUGUACAUGAAGGCCAGAGGACUGUUAGACAACUACGGCAGUAUCGUUGUCAACAACAUAGUAAGUACGGCCAGUUAUGCAAACCUGAUCUGCAGCAACAUCAAACAGCCGUGUCCACCUGUCACUCUCUUUGUCCCUUGGUGGGAUCAUUAUUAUGAAGAGUCUUUUAAUUUGGCUGAAUGGGAUGCUGAAGAAAAAGGCUGCGAAUUGAGCGAAUUCUGAAAUAUCUUGUUCAUCACUGUUUCAUAUACACAUGUGUAUGUAUGUAUACAUGAGUUUGU